GCGGGGCUCCUCCGGUCCAGCUGGGCCCCUGGACCCGGGUGCAGGGUCGCAGCUCGGCUGCGGGGGCGCAUGCCCCCGCCGGUGUGUGUGUGUGUGUGUGUGUGUGUGUGUGUGACACCUUGGCUGCGGGUUCCUGGGAGCUGCGGCUGCCGGCCUCUCCCGGACUGGCUCAGGGCGCAGGAUGGAACUGCGUCCCGGAACUGCGCGCACCUGGCCGGCCCCGGGCGGGACUGAAGACCUGAGGCCCGAGCGGAUCCGGACUCCGGGCCUGGAGCCUCAGAGAACUUCCAGCAUCUUGUGGAGAAGAGGUGUGGGGUGGCCUGGGGUGGCUUGAGCCUGAGAAGUCUUGUGGCCAGGGAGGGGACCGGGAAACUAAGCGGGCACCACCUUGCCUGGCUGCUUUCCAUUCGGGCGGUGCCAUCCCUUGACUGGCUCCAGGCUGGAGCAGCGCAGGCGGGGGCGUGCCUGGCGCGAAUCGGGUUUCGUGGGGACUCUCGGCCGUCGGGGGGGCUCUCCGAAAACUGCGAGUUCCCUAAGUGAAGAAGGAGAGGGUUUGCUGACAGGGCUGAGCCUGCCUUCUGGUGGGGGAGAUCCUGCGGGAGUCAGGGGAUUGGUUGCUCUUUCCGCCGCGCCCACCCUUAGGGCCUUAGGUCAGGAGGACAAUGAGCCCCUUACAACGCUCUGGUUACUAUUGUGCCCGGUGACAGAGCCGGACAAAGGGCGCUUGUGUGGGCUCAGCUCCCUCCUCCAGCUUUACGCUGCGUUGGGAAUGCAGGGAGGCACUCUCCCGUGGACACGAGAACCUCGGAGCGUCCAGACCCGAGCGUUGGGGGUGGGCUUCAAAGAGUCCUGUGUGUGGAGUGGGCGGUGCUAGGGGCAGGGCUUUGCGGCUGCCCGGCAGCGCUUCCUGUUCAAAAGAGCACUUUGGGGUCAUAGGGCGGGCACCGGGAAGUCCGCUAAACUUCCCAGCCUCUUCUCUUAGAGAGUUGAAGCCCUAGGGCCACGCCUGAGAACUGACCUGAAGGGGUAGUGUUCACAGACCUCUCCCUUUUCCCCGGGACUAGUGACAUCUAGGAAGCCAAUGGGGGAACUGCGCCUCACCCUUCCUUCCUGUUUGCUUUCCUUCCCCAUAGCCGGUUACUGGUGAAAAUGCCAUUUGGGGCCAUUUGUUUAACCAAGUGUUUAGCUGUCGAUGGGGGGCAGGGUGGAGAUUCCUGUAGUGAGUAAGUGUGUGUGUGUGUGUGUGUGUGUGUGUGUGUGUGUGUGUGAGACUUAAGUAUGGGCCCCCAGGGAAUGGGUGCCAGGCAUUGAAAGCUGGUUUUGUCUCAACAGAUGGCCUGUUUGGGCUCCCAUAGGCCGCGUCUAGUCUCUGAGCUCCCUUAGGGCUGCAGCUGGGCUGAGGGUGUACCACAGCCAUGGCUCAGCCACUGACUUUAGUCCUCAAUGUCCCAGAGACCACGGGGGACGAAGACCUGGAACCCAGCCCCUAUGAAGAGAGUGAAGUGCACGACUCCUUCCACCGGCUCAUUCAAGAGCAGAGUCUUCUGGUCGCCGAGGAGGGGCUGGAGCUGCUGCCCCUGGCUCCAGACAGAGGUUACCAGACCCUCCCGAGGCCUGAAGGUGCCCCCACCCACAGCACGGCCACUCUCCGCAUCUUGGCCAGCAUGCCAAGUCGCACCAUUGGUCGCAGCCGCGGGGCCAUCAUCUCCGAGUACUACAACCGCACAGUGAAGCUGCGGCGCAGGAGUAGCCGGCCUCUGCUGGGGAACAUGGUGCGCUGUGCCCGGCCCAGCCUUCGCCUGUAUGACCUGGAGCUGGACCACACCAUCUUGGAGGAGGAUGAGAAGCGGAGCCUGCUAGUGAAGGAGCUUCAGGGUCUGUCGGUGGCCCAGCGGGACCACAUGGUCCGGAACAUGCCUUUGAGCCUGGGUGAGAAGCGCUGGCUUCGAGAGAAUAGUUGGAGCCCAAAGGGAAAGAGGAGAGGCCAGCAGGACCGAGGUGGGGCCUUCUCCUGCUCCAGCAGGCUCAGAUACAGCUGCAUUCUGGCUCUGCACAGCCUGGGGCUGGUGCUGGUCUCAGGACUGUAUGCUGCCAGGCCAUGGCGCUAUGCUCUGAAGCAGAUUGGCGGCCAGUUUGGCUCCAGCGUCCUCUCCUACUUCAUCUUCCUCAAGACCUUAUUGGCCUUCAAUGUGCUGAUGUUGCUGCCUUUGCUGGGCUUCCUCGUGGGUGUGCAGGCUGCCUUCCCGCCUGACCCACCAGACCCGGUCCCUACCUGCUCUGGUCUAGAACUCCUCACAGGCAGGGGCUGCUUCACGCACACCGUCAUGUACUACGGCUACUACAGUAACAGCACGCUGAGCCAGUCAUGUGACUCCUCACGGGACAGUGGCCGGUGCAGCCCCGGGUCGGGCAGCCUGCCCUAUAACAUGCCGCUGGCCUACCUCUUCACGGUGGGGGCCGCCUUCUUCAUUACCUGCAUCACUCUGGUGUACAGCAUGUCCCACUCCUUCGGGGAAAGCUACCGGGUCGGGAGCACCAAAGGCAUCCAUGCUCUUACGGUCUUCUGCUCCUGGGACUACAAGGUGACUCAGAAGCGGGCCUCCCGUGUGCAGCAGGACAGCAUCUGCACCCAGCUGAAGGAGCUGCUGGCUGUGUGGCAACUGCAGAAGCACCCCCGGAGUGCAUGCGGGCAGCUGUGGCAGGCUGCCAUGCUAGCUCUGGGAGGGCUGCUGUGUCUGGGCACCACGGUGGGUUGUGCAGCGGCUGUCUUCACCUUCUCAGAGGUCAUGAUGCAGCGUGGCCAGGGGGUGGAGCUGCUGGCCCUGCCCCUGGUAGUCAGUGCCCUUAAUCUGGGUGCCUCCUACCUGUUCUGUGGCCUGGCCACUCUGGAGCGACAUGACUCCCCUGUGUUGGAGGUAUACAUGGCCAUCUGCAGGAGUCUCAUCCUGAAGACGGCUGUCCUGGGCGUGCUUUGCUAUCACUGGCUGGGCCGCAGGGUGGCUACAUUGCAGGACGGGUGCUGGGAGAACUUUGUGGGCCAGGAGCUGUACCGCUUCCUGGUGGUGGAUUUCAUCUUCACGCUCUUGGACUCCCUUUUCGGGGAGCUGGUGUGGAGGCUCAUCUCCGAGAAGAAGCUCAAGAGGAGGCAGAAGCCCGAGUUUGAUAUUGCUAGGAAUGUUCUGGACCUGAUUUAUGGGCAGACACUGACCUGGUUGGGUGUCCUGUUCUCACCGCUCCUGCCCGCAGUGCAGAUACUCCGUCUGCUGUUCCUUUUCUAUGUCAAAAAGGCAAGCCUGAUGGCCAACUGCCAGGCCCCUCGCAGGCCCUGGCUGGCAUCACACAUGAGCACCGUCUUCCUCACCCUGCUCUGCUUCCCGUCGUUCCUGGGCGCAGCUGUUUUUCUCUGCUAUGCUGUCUGGCAGGUGAAGCCCUCAAGCACUUGUGGCCCCUUCCGAACUCUGAAUACCAUGUAUGAGGCAGGCACGGUCUGGGUGCGUCGUCUGGAGCAUGCUGGCUCCAGGGGCUCCUGGCUGCCAUGGCUGCACCACCUCCUGGUGGAGAAUACUUUCUUCCUUUUCCUGGUGUCGGCCCUGUUACUGGCUGUCAUCUACCUCAACAUCCAGGUGGUGAAAGGGCAAAGGAAGGUCAUUUGCCUGCUCAAGGAACAGAUCCGGAAUGAGGGAGAGGACAAGAUCUUCCUGAUCAACAAGCUUCACUCUGUUUACGAGGGGGAGCAGAACAGGAGACAAAAACACAGCAGCUCCAAGGCUAGCCGUAGUCUGCUCUUCUGCCGAAGCUCUGGUCAGCUGAGCUGGAGGUUGCUGGAAGGCCAAGGGCAGUUUGAAAUCCUGAGUCUCACUCUUCCCUCUGGAUUCCCAUGAGGCCAGGACCCCAUGGGUGAUUUCCUCAGCAGAGCUACCAGCUCUCCUCCUCAGCACAUGGUGGGCCAACAAUAGCGUGUGAGAGCUGACCUAGUGCCACCCAUGAGCCCUAGGGCAACAAUGCCGCUGUUUUGUGCAUUUUAGCCAAUAGGUUUUGGGGCAGAGAUCAAUAAAACACUUGGAAAGCACAUUCAUGCCCCCCCUUUUUUUUUUCUGAGUUGGGAGCUUGUUGUGUGGCCUGUGGACUCAGGCAAUGCUACUCCUCAGCCUCCUGGGUACUGGGACUACAGGCACAUAACCACCGUGAUUUUUCCAGAUAGCACUGGGAAUGGAGCCCAGUACCCUGUGCCUACACACAAAAGCCCUGCCAGUGAGCUACAUCCCAGCCUCUCUGGUUUCUUUUUAAAUGCCUGUACUGGACAUGUGACAAAGAGUAUGGGUGGCAGUUCUGGGAAAACCUGUAGCCCCUGGCUCUACCCGCUGCUUGCCUGGGUUAUACUGGUCUUCAAAUGCAUCCAAUUCAGUCAGGCCAGGGGGACUUAGAAGCUGUUAUGUCUCUCAGUGGCUACUGACAGAAUCUACAUAUUCUUAGCAAAACCAAAGCAAUGCUUCAAGUCAAACAGCCAAGACUGAGUUUAGCCAGGAAUGAAUGCAAACUCAACAGAAAGUGAAAAAGGAAGUCCCUGCCUCUCACAGAUAGAUAAUGACCCAGCAAGAAUGAAUAGCCAAGAAAAUCCGCAGUUUAUUAAGACUCAACAAAGCGCUGUAUUUUUAAAAGCAACCUCUGGUGUGCGUCCAACCACCACAUUCCAUGAGGAGGGGCACUAAGCGCCACAAAUGCUUUUUCUUUUAAUCUUAGAGUCAGAGACAUUUUAAAUUCAAAAGAUUCAAAAAAAAAAAAAAAGAAAAAAAAAGGGGGGCAUAAAGAUUGAAAACAUCCUUUACUUCAUCCCCAAUUUUAAAACAUUAGGAGUUUUUCUAUAACUCAGUGCUAAAUGGCAGCAUGGCAAGCUGUAGGUCUGGAGCGCACGCACGCACACGCACGUAUUUGAUAUACAUACAUCAAAUAUCUAGGACGCACGUGAUGGUGAUGAGAUGCAGUCACUCUGAGGAGUCCGUUCCGGGGGAUACAUGAUGAACUCAGUUGUGCAUAGCUCACGAUCCUCUAGAGAACCAGCAUUUCUCUGCGGUCCUGCAGGACUUGCUUUCUUCCUUGUUUUGAUAAAACCAUUAAAAAGCUAAUUAAAAAAUGUAAUGCACAAGUUUCCUUACCACACAGGCAGGGAGCACAAUGUUCAUACAUUUCUUAACACUCGAGGGUGUGUUAUUUCAUUGUCUUUCUUCCUUGCAAAACAAUCAAAACAUUGAUCAUCUUUAAAACAUAAAGCAAUUUUUAAUAUAUAAAGCACUCUUCAAACAUCUAUUUCUUUUGAGUCCAUUAUUUGGUAAAUAUGUAACUGCUACACAUUAGAGAUUAGGUAUUUUUCUUCUUUGUGUGUUUUUUUCUGUUUUUUUUUUCCUUUUUCUUUUUUUUUCUUUGUUUUCUUUUCUUUUUUUUUUUUAAAUAACAUCUUCAGUGCUAGGAGUUGGGUUUAAAAAUACAUGAAAUGGUGUGGAGCUGCCCCCGGGAGCCCUGGCUUUCCUGAGAGCUAGCCGGCAUGUGCAAGACAGAGACCACAAUGCCUCAUCACCUUGAGGAAGGGUGAAGACAAUUGAUAGAGUCCAUGAUGGCUGGAGGGAACAGCACGCCCCAUCCCAGAGCUCUGAAGUAACACAUCUGUAUUCUGAAAAUAGGUUUUUGUUUGUUUGCUUGGUUUUUUUUUCCUUUUUUAAAGAUGGAAGUCUUUUUUUUAUUCCUUUUAAAUUUUUUAAAUUUUUUUUUUUAAAUUUUAUUUUAAAGUCUGAAGGAGAAAAAAGGUCUGUAAACAGGUGGGAGCCCAAAGCACAGCUCCUCCAAAAGCAGUCACAACCCAUGUCCAAGUGCUUGUUCCCGCUCCUUGCGGGACACCCAUUCUCUACAAGUAUCUAUGGCCACAGUUCAACAACAGUUUUGUUUUUCUCUUUAACUUUAUAUUCCAGAUGGGAAAUGGUGCAAUACUCUGGUAAUAAUCUUCUUGCAUUAGUCCACAAUGAAAAGCUGCUAAAGGUAGAUAGACAUAUUAUUCUCCAGAGAUAUACACUGUAACUUUAAAUGCAAUAACAGAGUCCUUGAGUAAACAUUUACACAUGAAUUGUCACCAGCCCUGUCCCACGUUCUCUUUACUGUUUAGGAUUAGUUGAAGGAAGGGCAGGGACACCUCAGUGCAAAGUUAGAAGCGAACAACAAUGAGAACAUUUGACCAAUGCAC